GCUCAGCAGCUGCCGAGGGCGCGGAAUCAGACGAAGGAGCUGCAGCAGUGUCUCAAUGACGCGUGUGGCCAUGGGGAGGACAUGCUUCGAAGCAAAGCUCAGAGUUCCACGAGACUGGCGGAGCUCCGCGCCAUCUUCUCCGCCUCGAUCAGCGCCGAGGGGGAUGUUCAGCGUGAAGCGCUCAUCGACGGCAUGGCCGCGGAGAACGCAGCGCUGUGGCGCAUG